AUGGAGCCAAGGCGUUGGCGCCCACGGUUCUUCAACCCCUUUACCGAAAGAAGACGGCGGAGCUCACACCUCCCUGUUUAUCGUGGGUUCUUUCGUGUGAUGCCGCUGCAUCGAUGGAGCCUCAACAACAUACAAGCUGUUCUUGGUUACGCGGCGGCAAACCCCUCGCUUUUUGGUUUUCCUGAGCAGCCCACUUGCAUUGUGAACACAGCGUAUUUUCUUCCCUCUCACCGUAGUCGACAACGCGGUAUUUGGGUUUUUGGGACAGAGAGGGGUUGUAAAAGCAUUGUUGUUCCCUCGUCAUGCAACGGAGGACAAUUUGACGCAAUGGACGCGAAACUGAUGGAGCCGCUCUUCCGCUGGAAUCCCGGUGUGGAAUACAUUUAUCUUUCGCAAAAUUGCCAAGCAAUGGCAUCACAGUUGGUACCUUAUUUGCAACGCUGCACGCAGCUAAGGACCCUCACAUUGGAAGGGUGGAACGAUGCUGUGGCCAUUCACCGGGUUGUAAUUGCCUGCAAACACGUUGACACUCUAGACGCCUUUUCAUUUGACGAUCCCGUACGUCAGUGGAAGAAUGAGCUAUCUGUACAGGCCCUCAACACUCUCAUCGAAAUGCAUCCAAAACUUAUUUGUGUGAAGGCGACGCGGGUUUACCUUACCGAUUGGUACGAGGCCACCCAAUUCUCUCGCUGUAAGCACAACAUUGCGCUCGUCCCCUUCACAUGUGAUUUUGUGCUGCUGCACUAUGGUUUUUUUUUACUUCUUGUGUCAGUUGUCGCGUACGCGGUGUACAGAGAAACGUGGUGGUUGCUGCGGGACACGUGCAGCCGGGCAUACCUACCUUUCUGGUCUGCUCUUGCUGCCGUCGGCACAUUUACAGUAAUUGUAGCUCUCGACGUGGCUGGAUGGAGGAGCUAUGGUCGGGCGUGGGUUCACAUGCACAAAUACGUCAUCAUUGCACGCCGCCGGUGGGAUAUGAUACGGGGACGUCAUCACAAGUCGCUCAUGUUGGUUUGA